AUGCCAGGGAUGCUGCGACAGAAGCUUCCCAAAAAGGCGCUGAGCAGUAAGGCUCUCGGGUCGAACAAGGCUGGGGCCACGUCAGCGGGACGAGGGCAGCCCAAACCGAAAAUGUCCAAUCCACGAACCCAGCCCGGAGCGGCUGGCAGGAAGAAGGACCGCUUGGUGGCUCUACCAGGCAGCGACGAAACCCACGAUAUGCGGGCGCACUCGGUGGAGCGUGAGCGAAUAUUUUUCGAGGAUGGCACGGAGAUCGCGGCGCCUGAGAUGCGGGGGCGCGUCAUGGUGUACUGCACGGCCGAGGAGUUCGACAUGAAAGAGCUCCAGAAACGGCACCGGGAGAUAUACAACGCUAGCACCCUGACAGUGUAUCCGGAGCUGCUUCAUGGAGGGCUCUCGGCAGAGCGGGUGGGGGGUGCUGUUGCGGACGUGUUUUAUUUCGACUACGGCGUGGUCGUGUUCUGGGGCCUCGUGCACGAGGAGGAGAUGGAGAUCCUGGACCGCGUGGUUCGCCCGAACUCGAUCGACCCGCUGCUGUCGAAGGACAUCGAAGUGGACGAGUUCGAGUACGUCUACUCGGUCACGGAGCGCCCGAAGGUGCAGAACGACGUCAUCACGCUCUCCGUGUCGAUGGCUGGGGAUGCCACGGUGAAGAUCAGCAUCGCACAUGCGCUCGCGCAGUCGCUCAAGCUGUGCAUCUACGAGAAGCGCGUCAGCCUCAUGGCAUCGGAGAGUAAGCAUCUGCCGGAAACCCUGGCCGAGUCCGGAUCCGUGGGGAUAUCGUCCCUCGAGAUUCACAAGCUGAUUGGGGAGCUCUUCAUCCACCGCUCGGCGGUCAAUCUCCUUUCGACCGUCCUGGACACCCCCGAGUUCUUUUGGGACGUGCCAGACGCGCUCCAGGGGCUGUACCGGAAGGUCUGCGAGUACCUCGAGCUGGACACCCGCGUGGAGAUCCUCAACGCACGCUGUCAGGUGCUCGGCGACUUGCUCCAGAUCCUGCGAGACCAGCAGAACUUCGCCCACGGAUCCAGGCUCGAGUGGAUCGUCAUUUGGCUCAUCGUCAUCGAGUGUUUCGUCGGGCUGCUCGAGGUCGCCUCGAUGCUCGGCUGGAUUGACUCGGCCGGGUGA